AUGCAAAUAUUAAAUCCUUCUGUAUAUCAGAAUAUAAACAAGAGUGAGGAGAGUAUAUUUUAUGUGUUAAAAAAGAAUUCCAAGUCUCUGGUUUCAGUUCCAAGCGAUAACUCUAAAAGGCAUAGAUUCUGCGUAGGAACAUUUGAAAAUUCAGACUCAAACCAAGUGGAAAUAAUCAGUUUUGACGAGGAAUCCAACACAGUUUCACAAGAAAGUGUUGUAAACAACUUAUUGCCAGUUAAUCAAAUCUCCGACUUUUACUCGACAGAAAAUGAAACACACCUGUUAGUUUCAUUUACAAAUUUAUCAGAGAAGGGCUCAUUUUUAUCACUAUUGUCAUAUAAGUCGGAUAACGCAAAUAGCCAUAAUUUCACCAGUGUUGGAGAUAAACUGUUCAAGAAAUUUAAACAAUUAGCUGUUGACCCGCAUUCUACAUUAAAUUCGACUCGUUUUUCAGUUAUUACCAGUGAUUCUUUACACAUUUACUCUAAUUACAAGGAGCAGCUAAAUUAUUCUUGUGAUAAAGACCCUCUGGAUCAAUACUCUAGUAAUUAUUUUGUUGGCAAGUUUGACCCACAUAAUAAGGAUUUAUUCACUGUUUCAAUUGAUAAUUACUUCAAUACAAUUGAUCUGAGACAAAAUCAAGAUAAAUCUGUAAACAGUAAUAAGGUGUGUAGUAGCACAAGUGUGGGAUAUCAUAGCGGAAUAAUACUAGAUAUAAAUUAUAAUCCUAAUGUCCCUAAUGAGUUGGUAACAGUUGGAGAGGAUACAUUUUUAUUAGUUUGGGACUUGAGGAAUACGUUAAGACCUGUGAACUCUUUCAGCACUGGACACGGACAUUGGGUAAAGAAAGUACUCCACAACUCAUUCCAUGAUCAUUUGUUACUAACUUCAGGCUCUAACGGUUCAUUUUUACACACGAUUAAUGAGGGCAAAUUAGAUAAUAUUACCACUAAAUCAACAUCAUCCAAUGAUAUAUGCUGGAGUAAUGAUGACGCAUGGAUAUAUUGUAAUUUAUUGAAUAAUAAUUUAAGAAUUGAUACAGUGCCGAAGGAUAUCAAAUACUCACUCCUGUCUUAG